GGCACUAAGAGACCGGCACUAAUAUCAUCAGUAAUAAUUUGAUAUCAUCUGUAAUAAUUUGAUAGGCUCGCUGAUCCAAUUAGGCCAGUGACUUGAGGAGUUGCAUUAAUAACACAAUUAGGACGGUCGACUACAAUCUCACCUGAGGAUUGUCCGCGUGGUUGGUUGUUGUGGGUGGUUGUGGAGGCAGCGUAGUUCUGCUGAAGGUGCAGUACGUCCCCGGCAGGAUGGACUACGCCUACCUCAACCAGGCGGCGGCGGCGGGGUUCGAGGCGUCCUCCUGCAGCCUCGGCGGGACGCUCGGCGGCUCCAUGGACGCCACCCACGCCCCUUACACCUACGGCGACCUGACCUCCUGCUCCCAGAUGCCCUCCGCCUACCGCUACACGGGCGCGGGUGUGAGGGGUUACAACACGGGCGUGGGCGUGGGUGUGGGCGUUGGGUCACAGCAGUGCGGCGUGAUGGGGCGACCUCAGGACCACCGCGCCAUGUUCCCGGCCUCUGUCACACCCGUCAACCUUCAGACUUCCUCGCCGAGCAGUUCCUGGCUACAAGCUGGCCUGGGGUACAAGAUGUAUGGGGCACACGAGGGAGUGUUGUCCGAGAAGAGGAAACAGAGAAGGAUCAGGACCACCUUCACCUCCGCCCAGCUGAAGGAGUUAGAGCGAGCCUUCCAGGAGACCCACUACCCAGACAUCUACACCCGGGAGGAGAUCGCUAUGAAGAUUGAUCUGACGGAGGCCAGGGUGCAGGUGUGGUUCCAGAACAGGCGCGCCAAGUUCCGCAAACAGGAGCGUCUGGCACAGCAGAAGGCGCAGCAGCAGCAACAGCAGCAACAGCAGACCUCGACCAACAACAACAACAACAAUGAGAACAGCAACGGCUCCACCAACACGGCUAACUCUGCCUCCAGCCCCAACACUGCAGGCCCCAAGGUCGAGACGAAGGGCGCCUCCAACACUAGCGGUGGAGGCAGCAGCAGUUCCACCACCAGCAAGGUCCUCCACCAGCCAGUCUCCAACAUGACGGCCUCUACCACAGCCACCUCCAACACCGCCGUCUCCAACACCGCCCCCUCCACCACCACUCUCCACCAGCUCGACCACAAGCCAGUCGUGGGUAAGCUGGAGUCAUCACCCAAGUGGUCGUCGGCAGCCCCGGCGGCGUCAGCUCCUGUUGGCGGCAGCGGCGCUGGGGGCUGCAGCUCCCCCCUCACCGCCCUGGAGCGGCCUUCAUCUUGCCCUUCACCCGUCCCUCUCACCACCCUUACCGCCCAUUCCGCCCACUCUGUCCACCACGGUGGGAACGUGGGCAUCCACAGCAGCAUGGGCGGCAUGCAGCAGGGCCACCCACCGCCGCCCUUCUCCCUCCUCAACCACACCGUCAACAACUACAUGCUGCCCGACCCCACCAAGAGCAACCUCAUCUCGCAGCUCUUCUAACUACCUCCGCCUCACAUACUCAACCAGGUUUACCAUCACACUUAAUCAAACAUUACCCACACCGACCAGCCACCCGCCCCGCCUGGCUGAGGCCCACCACCACCGAGCUCUUUGUUUACAAUACUUAGUAAACAAGAUAAGAUACUCGUAAACAUUACAGACAAACAUGAAGAAAAAACCAUAAUAAAUGGCAAAUGACCUACAGUAAAAGGUGUGAUGGUGUAAACUUCACAACGGGGCCCCCGGUCGAGGCAUCAGCCAUUUUCCAUGUAUAGAAAGUUUAGUGGUAAUAAAUGAAUAGAUAAAUCCCUGAGCUACUGACACCGUCACUAGACCGGAGUAUUAUAUUCAUUGUCAUAUGUUUAGUAUUUUUUGAUAAUGUUUACGGUGAACCAACUUGUGUGGGGAAGGUUACCGGAGGUGCAGCGCGGCCCUCACCACCCGGGGCGGAGCACCUGCCUGACGAAGGGGCCGGCGCUCACCUGUGUGUACUGUACAUAAACUUCUGCGUGUUACUCUGUUCUAGAUAAAUGACUGAAGUGUAAUGUGUGGUGUAUGUGGAUGUUUUUCAACUACUUUAUCCGGGGUCCUACUGAUGCAGGAAACAGGUCAAGGGUCAUCAUUACUAUUACUACUAGCGUUACUAUUACUAUUUAUUACUGCUUUAUUAUUAUUAACAACAACAUCAGAAUUACCAUCAUAAACAGUACAAUUAUUCUUACUUGUGUCGUGAAUUAUCUAUAGUUUGAGUUGAUGAUACACAAACAGAUAUAUACUUUGUGAUGAAGAGUUCAAUAGUAAAUAAGACAGUGUUGUGUUGUGUUGCGUCUGGCCACGGCAUCUUCCUGUACCAGCAGCCCCCACUCUCCUUCAGGUGAUACAGACUGAGAGUUUGCAAGACAGAAUGUUUAUACUUUUACCAGAAUCUUUCGCACAUUCUGACAUCACUCAUAUACAUUUACAUUUUUAAAUGUUAAAAAAUAAUACUAAUAAAGAAGUAAGCGGGGAGUUGUGGGCAGCACGGCUCUGUGUCCGGAGGCUGGGUCACCCACACAACACUCAGUGCAGUAAUUAACAAGAUAAUUUACCAUCACUAACACCUGAGUAACUAAUUAACGAGAGCCGCCAGCAGGUGUAGCCGAGCCUCAGUACUCCACUACACCUGUUAUGGCUCUGGUUAGUCUAAUUCUAAUUAAAGAAAAACCCCAAAAACUGAUGUACCAAAACUGACUUAAAGAGCUUGUGUCACGUCUCCUCCACCUCCUCUCUUUAUGAACAAUUCCCGUCGUGUUCAUUUGGUAGCUGUUUAACAUUACACUCAUUAGGUUCCUGUUGAUGGCCUCUCCACCCCUGGGUCAAGUCACAUGGUGUAGUUGUCUCUUUAAGUCUAGAGUGAUAACCAGUUUAUUUCUCCCGCAAGUGUUGGUCAUAUUGUUUGGUGGUGAGGACGACCGUGUGUGGACCCCCUGAGCUUCAUGUAUAUAAGGGCAGCGGAGAGUUUCACUUAUUAUCAGUAUAUAUCCAGCGACCACAAGACCGGGGAUCACCUUCACUCACUCCUGCUUCAUUAUUAAAGCUUAGGUAGAACAAAUAUCUCCCCCUCCCCCCUAUACCCCAGCAGGGAUUCGAACCUUGGUACUUGGGAAGGCCAGUCUGAGGCGAUACCUAGCAGGGGUAUACGAUGUAUCACUCACACACAGACAGUAGUGUAUUUAAUUAUCCCCUCUUGUGUAUAUACAGUAUGUGUUGAAGGAAUUUAUCAUCUUACGUACAGAGAUUAAUAAAUAUUACUACUAAUAAUAUUAAUAAUAAAAAAAAAAUAAUAAUAAUAAUUCCUUGUAUCAAAAUUGAUCAUUCCACUUGUCGUUACAGUGUAUAUAAUAUAUGAAUAAAUAUAGAGGAAACUGGCCUUAUAGCAUCCCCGUCUUCUGGCUCCAAUUUACGGAUCAUCUGACACUUGUAGCAUUAUUGUGAGUUGACUUUUAAAGACUUGACUGUGAGAUAAUGACUUAAAAAAAAACAAAAAACAUUAAGUAUUUGAAGUUUCAUAUCACCUUAACCAUGGACAUAGACCUUAAUAUUAAUGUUUGUUUCUGUAUAAAGACCAAAACUUUUAUUAAACAAUUUACAGUUGGUGAUUCAUAUGUUGCCAGGGAGAGGAUGAUGGUGACAGAUAGUUCAGGUGUGUACCAUAAUAGAGAUGGAACAAUUUAUGUGUACCAGAAAAGAGAUGGAACAAUUAACAUGUGUACUAGUAGAGAUGGAACAAUUUAAAUUAUGUGUACCAGAACAGAAAUGGAACAGCUCACAUGUGUAUCAGCAUAUAUAUGGAACAAUUCACGUGUGUGCCAAUAUGAAUGGUACAAGAGAAAAAGUGUUUGAUAUUCUUGAAACAGAUAACAACACCAAGGCGAUGAGUGAACAGUGUCUGAACAGCUGUCGAAAUCUGUAACAAUAGUGAACAUUUAUCAUUACUUGUCUGCUACUUGUAUAGUUUAUGAACACCAAGCCCCCUGUACACCACCUGAGACUCUGAACUACUGGAACGAGACUCUGGAUUGCUGGAACGAGACUCUGGACUGCUGGAACGAGACUCUUGACGAGACUCUCAACUGUUGGAACAAGACUCUGAACCAACGAGACUCUUGAUGUGUAGGGACGAUUCUCUGAACAGCUAUUAAACGAGUCUCUACACAGCUAGCAAAUGAGUCUCUUACCCCUCCCCCCCCCCCUCCUCACAGAACCGACCAACAAGUAUCAAAGGAGUAUGUACUGUU